AUGAAAUCAGAAUCAGAUAUACAGCCAGAUGAGCAUCUUCCGUCGUAUGAUGAAGUGCUGAGACAAGAUACUGCUGCUGCUUCGCAGCAGCAGCAGCAGCUCCCACCAAACCCUCCACCACGUCCAACACAACCACCAGCAAGACCGCCCCGGCCAAGCAAUGCCAUACCAGCGUACCAUCAUUCCACUAGUACCUUUUCAAGCAGUACCAGUACCAGUACUGGCAAUAAGAAACUACCCUGGACGUACCCUCCAGGAUAUUAUUGUAAAAAAUGCGGGAACACUGGCACCAAGAUCAAGACUCAACAAAAAUGUAAGAAAUGUUGGUCGAAAUUCUACAAACCCCCACCUGCACAACCACCACGUCCAAGUGCAGGGCCAAGACCUGCGUUCGUAUACUCUAAUGUCACGAUGCCACCACAGAAUUUCGUCAUAAACUCAGCACCUAUCGUUGUGCGUCCCGGUGACAGUCGCAUAGGAGGCAUGAUGUGUAACAAUUGCAAUGGGACUGGUAGGGUACGAUUCUUCUUGGAUAAAGAACCGUGUCCCGUAUGCUACGGUCUUGGCAGGAUUCUUACUGGACCAACCUACUAG